GUAGCUGCAUGACCAGCAGGGGUAGGUUAGGGGAAGGAGUGCAUGUGGACUAUAUACACAUGAGUAGAGAGACGGACUGACGAGCUGUGUGUGGGCUGUAUUGUGAGCCUGGAGUCUUGCACUGAACCAGACAGAGUUAUGUACUGCGCUCAUCCUGUCUCUGGAACAGGCAACAACUCAUUGAUGUAUUGCUACAACAUGAAACCAGUUUAUGGGCAGUCUCCCAGUAAUGACGACAUCAACCAGAACACAUCCUCACACCCAUCCAACAAGCCCCCCAGCAAUGUGUUUGCAAGCACAUUCUUUGAGGGAACGAGCAAUUCACCCGACAUCUGGAAUGCUGUAAAUGGGCUGAACCAGCAGGGCUAUGAAGGUGCACUGGGAGCAGCCACAACCCACCAAACACAGCCGGGGAGCUACAGCAGCCUGCAGCCACCACACAGUCACCUGGACUACUCCCCACAUUCAGUGAUGGCUGCAGAUAUGAACCGAGGUCUCCCACCCAUGUCCACUUUUCACCGCAACAACACAGCAUCACACACUCCGUCGAUCAACACGUCAGAGAACUCCACAGUCUCAGGGAGCCAGAGAAAUGUGUCAGGAGGUUCACAGACAGGUGAUACCCUGGGAAAGGCUCUAGCCUCUAUUUAUUCCCCCGAUCACACCAGCAGCAGCUUCCCCUCCAGCUCGUCCACACCGGUCAGGUCUCCGUCCCCACUGCCGAAUGCCGCUGAACCCACAGGUACUAACAUGUGGCCCCGGAGUUCAGUACAGGCACCAGUCUCACCACAUUAUGAGUCUUCCCUCAUAUCACUGUCUCAGGUGGAGGACCGUCUGGACAGAUUGGACGAUGUGAUCCACGUCUUAAGGAACCACGCUGUCGGCCCCACAGCCUGUCUGCCCUCUGACAUCCACGGCCUGCUGAACCAGACCCACCACGGCCACCCAGGCUCCGCCAGCACUCUACCACUCACCUGUCACACUCCAGCCAUGGUUGAAGCUGUCACUAUGAACAACAACCACCCAGCCUUCCAGAGCCGCACACAAAAUGGCCACCCGUACCCGGUCAGACAGAGGGCCACGCUUCAGCCAAUCCAGGCAGGAGGCAGAGGAGGUUUGGGAGUUCAGGGUAAUCUGGAGCUGAAGAUGGAAAGCGUGGGGGAGAGAGACGAGAUGAUGCACACCAAUCACAGCCACAGCUCUGACAGCCAGAGAUCAGAUGAGGAGAGCGAACACAAAACACAAGGAGAAAACAGCUCCAGGAACAGUAUCCACGAGGAUGAGGACCUGAGCCCGGAGCAGAAGGCCGAACGUGAGCGUGACAGGAGGAUGGCCAACAACGCCCGGGAACGUCUGCGCGUGCGGGACAUCAACGAGGCCUUUAAGGAGCUGGGUCACAUGUGUCAGCUGCACCUGAAGAGCGAGAAGCCGCAGACCAAGCUGUUGGUGCUGCACCAGGCCGUGGCGGUGAUCCUCAGCCUGGAGCAACAAGUCAGAGAGAGGAACCUGAACCCGAAGGCAGCGUGUCUGCGGCGGAGAGAGGAAGAGAAGGCGUCUGCUGUCAUGACGGAUCCACAGUCCAUGCAUCUAGCUUUCCAUCCCGGUCUGACAGACCCAGCGAACCCCAUGGGCCAUCUCUGAGCAUCUGAUAAUAACUACAAGUCCAAAUGUUGAGCGAAGAGCAUCCUAUAGGAGCAUCCAGCUGUUCAGGAAGUCCAGCGUUUCUUCUGAAUUCGGACCAGAGCGGAGAGAGUCUGACCUCUCUGUUUGUAAAGUGUGAUGCAGUUGAACAAUCAUCUCUUCUCUUCCCACACGGACUUCUAACUUUGUGCCUAAACUUACUCAUAACAGACAAAUGCAUUGUAAGCUGCAGAUGUUUUUUUUUUUUUAUGUACAUAUUUUGUAUAUUUAUUGAUUAUCUUUCUGUACUGAAUGGAUGAAAACCAGUCGUGGCAAAGUUGUCAUCUGCAGUUUCAUUUUUGGCAGAGCCAGAUAUAUUUCUGACAGACUUUUACAGUGUAUCACUAUUUACCAUGUACACUCGUGAUUUCCACAGAGCUCAGAGGACUGACAUUCCCGCAUUUGUGUGUUCAGACUACGGAUUUCAUUUGUCGUGUGUGUGUGUGUGUGUGUGUGUGUGUGUGAGAGUGUGUUGUAGGAGUUUGACCAUUCUAUGAAUGAACAGAUCUCCAAGAAUGUUCUUUAACGUGUGGGCAUCAUAUACAAUAUAUUGAAGCUGUCCUGUUAUUUGUAUAUUUGUUACAGAUUUGUGUUAUAGCACUGUUAACAAGAAAACACUUCCUGAAACACUGGUGGACAGAACCAAACACUUCUCAGUCUUAUUCCUUCUUCUUCUCAGUGUAAUUAUCGCUCUCCAGAUGUAGUCGCAGCUCUCUAAU